UAUGUUCUCAGAUGAAAUGAAGAGAAUAAUUCUAGAAUAAUUACAGAUGAAAGAAAGGAAAUGGAAGGAGAAAAUUUCACCAUGUGGAGUUUGUUUGUCCUGGAGGGAUUUUCCCAGUAUCCAAGGCUAGAGAUUGUUCUCUUUGUCUUUAGCCUUGUAAUGUAUCUGAUAACCCUCCUGGGGAAUAGCACACUUAUUUUAAUCACUUUCAUAGAUUCGCGCCUUAAAACACCCAUGUACUUGUUCCUGGGAAAUCUCUCCUUCGUGGAUGUCUGUUACACAUCUGCUUCGAUUCCUGCUUUGCUGGUGAACUUGCUGUCAUCCCCGAAGACCAUUAUCUUUUUUGGGUGUGCUGUCCAGAUGUAUCUGUCCCUUGCCAUGGGCUCCACAGAGUGUGUGCUGCUGGCGGUGAUGGCAUAUGACCGUUAUGUGGCCAUUUGCAACCCACUGAGAUACCCCAUCGUCAUGAACAGGCAGGUCUGUGUGCAGAUGGCCGCCAUUUCCUGGGUGACAGGCUGUCUGACUGCCCUGCUGGAAGCCAGUUUUGCCCUGCAGAUGCCGCUCUGUGGGAAUCUCAUUGACCACUUCACAUGUGAAAUUCUGGCAGUUCUGAAGUUAGCUUGCGUGAGUUCAUUGCUCAUGGACGUGGUCAUGCUAGUGAUCAGCAUUCUCCUCCUGCCCAUUCCAAUGCUUUUUAUCUGUGUCUCUUAUGUCUUCAUCCUUUCUACUAUUCUGAGGAUCAGUUCAGCAGGAGGAAGAAACAAAGCUUUUUCUACCUGUGGUGCCCACUUGAUGGUGGUGAUUUUAUUUUAUGGGGCUGCUCUUUCCAUGUACCUAAAGCCUUCUUCAUCAAACUCAAAAGAAAUUGAUAAAGUCAUCUCAUUGCUUUAUGGAGUGCUUACCCCUAUGUUGAACCCCAUAAUUUACAGUUUAAGAAACAAAGAAGUCAAAGAUGCUAUGAAAAAAAUGCUGGGCAAAAUGCCAUUGCAUCAAACACAUGAAUGUCUGUGA